AAAGUGGAAUUCGGCAUGAACUACGCGUGGGCAGACGACGAGGCGACGGCCGACCUCGUGCGCGACCUCGCGUCGCUAGAGACGCCGACGCCCGAGACGCGCCUCUUGCUCAAGCCUCUCUUCCGCUGGGCCAAGCGCGAGCCGGAGAAGGCGUACGCAUACGUGCUCUGGCUGCUGCAGCUGCAUGCAGCUGGCGACGGCGACAUCCCGGCGCAGCCGACCAUCCAAGCCAACUACGCCAUCAACACGCUCAUCACUGCGAGCCAGCGCUGCGGCAAGGCCAUGGAGGCCCAGCGCGCGUUCGAUCUCCUCGCCCUCCACGGCUUUACGCCCGACGUCUUUGCAUACACGGCGCUCAUCGACGUGCUUGGCCGCGGCCAGCAAGCCGACGUGGGCCUCGCCAUGUACAAGCAGAUGCUCGCGACCGACGUGCAGCCCAACAUUGUGACGUUUACUACCAUCAUCCGCGUGCUCGCCAUGAGCGAUACCGUCGACGUGACGUACGUGCUGAAGGUCCUCGAGCACGCCCGACUGCUCGACAAGACGUGCGAUCCGUCGCUGUACACGGAGGCCCUCGAGACGUGUGCGAAGCGCAAGGCCCUCGAUGUGAUCACUGGUGUCUUGCAGCAGCGGCGUCUCGACUAUGGCCUCGAACUCCUCGGCGACAAGAGCAUUUCAGCCAUUGGCCGCGUGGUGCGCGAUCCAUCGAGCAUGCCGACUGUCGACGCCUGGGUCCUUGACGGUCUUUUGGACGCCGCGGACAAGGCACGUCUGUUCUCUACCUCGACGUCGUCGUCGUCAGUGACGGACGACAAGUACCAAGGCUGCUUGGGCUACGAGACUCCGGCGUCCGUGCGGCAGUCGGUCAUUCUGCACGACAUCGAUCGUCUCAUCGAGCGAGUCGUCAAGGGCGUGCUUCCCACCAAGAUGGAUUUCGAGACGCUCAUCCAUCAGUGCCGGAAGCGCAAGUGGCGCGACCAAGUCCAUGUCGUUUUUAACGCCAUGACCACCCUUGCACAUGACGGCUGGACCUUCCCAAACGACGACGCGGGUCGAGGUCCGAUUGGGCCACAGCCGACGGUGACGCCGGGCCCGUCGACGUACUUGGCGAUGAUCGACGCCUACAUUUGCUGCCACGCGAUCGACGAUGCGUGGCGAGCGUUUGCCACCAUGGACGACAACCACGUGCCGCGGACGCAGACCAUCGUCCGCAAGUACAUUCGGGGCUGCUACCUCCUCAUGCGCGACCUGAGCGCGGCGCCGUCGCCUACCACUUGGCACGUCCCGCACGUCGUCGACCUCGCACUACGGGAUGCGAUUUCGAUUUCGCCCAAGAUGGCCACGUACAUCUUGCGCCUCUACGGCCUCCACGAGCGCCUCGGUCUGGACAUGAUAACGACGCUCGUCGGCGUGGGUCAUGACCGCGGGUCGCUGCUCGACGAGCUCGUGCAAGCCUGCGUGUACGCUGGCAACGUCGACGGCGCCUUGGCGGUGCACGCGCAUCUUCCCAAAAAUGGCACCACGGCCACGGUCGAGCGCGCGCUGCUACUGACGUGCGUCCACGGACACAAUCUCGAGGCUGCCCUCGACCGGCUGCGAACGCUGCAGGCCCACACGCACCUUUUGCCCGUGCCCGUGUACGCCUCGAUUGUACGCGAAUUGUACACGAAAUACACGGCCAAGACGGGCGAGAUGGACGCCGCCGGGCGCGCCAAGUGCCUCAAAGUGCUGUUUGAGAAACGCGCGCUGUUUGAGGCCACGGCCGAUCAUGCGACCGCGUUGCGGACCACGGCGCCGGUCGACACGACGUCCUGCGGCGCGCUGUGGUGCGCGUCCAUCGAGGCGCUCUCGUGCGCCCCGAUCCUCUUUGCGCAGCACUUGACCGAGCGACUCACGUCGGUGCGGGACAAGGCAGCGAAGGAGCAGGCCCAAGACGACAUUUGCGCGGCGAUCCACGCGACCGAGGACCCGUACCUCUUUCUUCUCCAAGCGCUGCUGGCGUUUCCGUCCAUCGACAUUGGUUUUCGCAUCCAGGCCAAGUUUGCCAAGCUCUUGCUCGCCAUGGUGCCGGGGACGCAUGGCCCCCACCACGUGGCGUACUGCUUGCGCGAGCUCGACGCGAUGCCAAUGCACUUGGUCGCGGAAUUGGACCGCGUGUUUCACCUCUGUACGGCCGACGCCGCCCGGCUCGUCGACUACUGCCGCUGCGCGACCUUGCAAGACAAUGCGGAGAAGACGAUCAAUUUUCUGCUCGCGCACGAUGCCUUCUUUACGCCCGAGUACGCGACGGUGCUUGCGACGCACUUCGCCGACCUCUUUGCCAACGGCAACAGCGUCGGCGUCAAGUACAUUCGCGCGACUACCAAGCACCCUUUGGUUGCGACGAUGGCGCCCACGGCCUUUCUCACUGGCCUCGAAGCGCGGCUGCUCGACGACGACGAGUACCCGAGCUUGAAGGUCGCCGACGUCCAAGUCCUUGCGAUCGAGUUUCAGCUCCAAGAGGCCUUUCCCGCACUCAUGCAGCUCGAAGCCACGUACACGCGCAAGCCGACGGUGCUUGUGGAUCCCAAUCGGGUCUACUGGUCGCUGCCUGAGACGGCUAUGACGCUCGUCGUCGACUCGGUCGAUGCCGUGGCCUUGGCGUCGUCUGUGCUCGGCCAGAGCCGCCUGGUUGGCAUUGACGUCGAGUGGCGCCCAGACGUGCACGCAAAAAUGAAGUCCAAGUGCGCAGUGGUCCAGCUCGCGUGUGCGACCCACGUCUUCGUCCUUGACGUGCUCAAUGCGUGGUCCGACGAGAUGCACGAUCUCUUUGAUAUGGUCGUCCACAACGCGCGUAUAUGGAAGCUCGGCUUUGGCUUGCACCAAGACGUGGCGCGACUGCAGUGGUCCUUCCCGGACGCCACGUGCUUUGAGUACGGCGAGUGGGAAAGCGUCUUGGACCUGCAGAGCUACUACUGCAAGCUCACGAAGCGCAACCAAGUCGGUUUGAGCCGGUGCGUCGAAGAAACACUGCAGUUCCCGCUCAAUAAGAGCCAGCAGACGAGCGACUGGGAGGCCCGGCCGCUGUCGCCCGACCAGAUUGCAUAUGCGGCCAAUGACGCCUACUGCCUUCUGGAGCUCGUCCGCGCCCUCCGUCCGCCCAUGAUUGCCGCCGAGUGCCUUUAGAAGACGCCAGAAAUCGAAAGCCAAGAAAGGCGUCAAUGAAAUGCAG